AUGGCAUACGACCGAUACGUCGCCAUCUGCCAACCACUGCACUAUGAGAGCGUGAUGAACAGGAGAGCUUGUGUCCAAAUGGCAGCCAGUGCCUGGAUCGGUGGAAUUCUUUACGCUGCACUGCACACCGGGAACACAUUUGCAGUAACUUUCUGUGCAGGCAACAUAGUGGAUCAGUUCUUCUGUGAAAUCCCCCAGCUCCUCAAACUUUCCUGCUCUGACUUGUAUCUCGGUGAAAUUGGGGCUCUCAUCUUUAGUGCAUGCAUAGCCUUAAGUUGUUUUGUUUUUAUAAUUGUGUCGUAUGUUCAGAUCUUCAACACAGUGCUGAGAAUCCCCUCUGAGCAGAGCCGGCAUAAAGCCUUCUCCACCUGCCUUCCUCAUCUCACUGUGGUCUCCUUGUUUGUUUUCACUGGCAUCUUUGCCUACCUGAAACCCACCUCCAGCUCAGCAUCAGGUCUGGAUCUUGUAAUGGCUGUUCUCUAUUCUGUGGUACCUCCUAUGAUGAAUCCGGUCAUCUACAGCAUGAGGAACAAGGAGAUCAAAUCUUCAUUGAGGAGACUGACUGUGGGCAAGUUAUUCACAUAG